AUGCCAGAGUACGAGCCGUGUGAGUGCGAGUCUCGGGCUUCGUCUGGACAGAGCGGAGUCCUUCUCUUGCAAUUGCGCAGCCUCACGCUAGCAAGUCUCCACUCUGCAGACGUCGCAGUGCGCGCAUGUCCGGUCAAGUGGCAACCGACCAAACAAGCCGAGCGUAUACGAGAGCAGCGAGCCGCACAAGCAGCAUUCUGUCCAGAGACGCCUCAGCGUGUGCUCGACAAGGAUGGCGACGAUCUGGCAGGUGUGCGCAUAACGGGCCCGCGGAUGCACUGGAACAAGCACUCCAUCAUAAACGUCUUUUGCCAAUUCGGCAGCAUUGCCACGCUAGCUUUUGCUCGACCCGCCUCACCUCUGGACCCUUCGCCAUAUUGCCACGUAUACUUUGAGCGUCUCGAAUCGGCCCAGGCUGCUGUCAAGAGAUUUGGCGCGGGUCAGGGGGACAAGUGGUCCGCUAGGCUGCUUGAAGAUGCCAACGAGUCAGCUGGACGCAUGCAAUGGCGCCGCAUGCUGGAGCAAGACCGAGCUUUGAUGCAAUGCUGCGAAUCGAGACGCAAAAAGACGGGCAUCGUCGUUUGCACGCUGGAUGUUGCUGGAGUAGAGUCGCUCAUGGUCAAAUUUUGGCUUCACGACUUGCUCAAGGCAGAGCCAAAAAUAGACGCGAUCAAAUUCGACGCUUGUCUAGAACAAGAGUACCUCACAUGCAUCCGGCCCAGAAAACAUUUGCUGAAUUGCGAUACGUUUGGCACCGACACUAUGCGCUUGCACAGCCAGCAAGGAUCGAUCAGACUCAUCUUGACCCCGCAGGAUGCUCUUGGACUCCCCAUGCUGCCCAUCGGUUUCGUUUUGCAGUACAACCGCUCAACAGUCACGCCUUCGAAGGCCUGGAUGCCCAGUCCGGUGCCCAUUGAGUCUCCAACAAGGGCUGGUAAACCAUCAUGGCCAAGCAGCGAUCAGGCAUCUGUACCUUUUGGAAUCCCUCGUCCAGCUGGCCCAUCAUCUGGUCAUGACAAAAGUAGACACGCAAAGGCGAGUCGGGUGAAUUCUUCGGCGCAGCCACAAGCGCAAAGGGUUCCAUCGAUAAGAAAUGAGACUGCUUUCGACACACGAGACGGGACCGUUAUUCCAGCCGCGCCAUCAGCCUGGACGAAUGCCAUGCAAGCGGCAGCUCCCAAGCAGCCCCGCGCUGCAGCGCCGCCAUCCAUGAGCAUGCACCAUAGCUCUCUCGCUCAAAGCAGGCAUCGCUAUCCGACGCCUGUGGACGGAGACCUGCGACACUAUCAAACGACGACGGUAGGGCUUUCCGGAAAAGCAUGUUCGCGCGACUUGCCGAUCACCGCUUCUGUCACACCUGCAGCGGCAGCAGUUCACACAUCGUCACGGAACGAGAGUGCCUCUAAUUACCUGAUCGGACAGCUGGUGGAGAUGGAGUCUGCGGAAGAACGCAGCAUGAGAGCGACGAAUGGAAAGCUCCGUCAAGAAGUCAACACGUUGAAAUUGGAGCGCGAGGUGAGCGAGUGAGCGAGCGAGCGAAAGAAGGAGCGUCUGCCGUUUGGAGGACCUGACUACAGUAGCAUCUGUGCGAUAUGCAGAGACAAGAGCUGAUGGCGGAGCUUGAGUGGGAGAAGUGCAAGUUGCAGCGAGUCAUCCGAGCGCAAAGCUGUAGUAAUCCUGAUCGACCACUGCGACGCAAAGAUGCCGACGUGGACUUAUCUGCCUCUGACGGUGCCGCUGGCGAUUCAGCUGUGCCUAAGCAUGAAAUCAAGCCGGAGCUAGAUGCUUUGCCGAACGAACUGAGAAUCCAGAAUGCGGAUGAGCGGCCACAGAAGUUGAAGGAGCAUGGCGAGCAGCAAAGUCCAGCGGCGGAGAGGUUUUUCGCAGGCAAGCUCUAUGGAGACCGUGUGGGAAUCGAAAGCAAUAAGCGCGCCUCCGCCGAACGGCCAAUAUACGAGCAACGCCCCUCCAAGACUCGCUGUAGAAGUCCCGGAAAAGAAGAUACGAAGUUGGGCGAGAGCAAGGGGACGGUUGAUAAGCGUGCUUCUAGAGAGCGAGAGAGGGUGUGCGACAAGGGUGAGGAGGAAGACAGAUACAUCUACAGAUCGGAGCGUCGUGACACACGCCACCAUUCCAAGGAUCGACGCGGAUCUGGUGAGGCGGAUGAACGUCGCACAAGCAAAAGGGAGAGAUCUCGUGAAGACGACCGGAGAGACCAGCGAUCUCGAUCGCUCGAGCAAGACGCUCCUCGUAGACGUCGUCGCGAGCGAGUGAAUCAGUAA